CGUAAGUAACAAGAACGAGGAAGCAGAGGUUCUGCAAGGAGAAGCGAGGCGCGUUUGUUUUGACUUUGCAAACGAGAGAGAGGGGGAGAAAAAAAAAAAAACCCCACACAAAACAAAAAGAGCCCGAUACAAAUAUGAAGGGCUGCGAAUUCCGGGUUUGCGCGGCGGGUUCGUUUUUGCUGCUCUGCGCCGUGGCUUCUGCGGACGUGUUCGACGGUGUUCUGGGGAGCACGGCCUCAUGCCAUAAAACAUGCCAGCUGACCUACAGCCUGCACACCUACCCUCGGGAGGAGGAGCUGUACGCCUGUCAACGAGGGUGUCGCCUUUUCUCCAUCUGCCAGUUUGUGGGAGAAGGAGAAGACCUGAACCAGACCAAGUCUGAGUGCGACUCCGCCUGCCUCGAGGCCUACGUUCAGACAGACGAACAGUAUGCCUGCAAUCUGGGCUGUCAAAACCAGCUGCCAUUUGCAGAGGAGAGGCAGGAGCAGCUGCUGGCCAUGAUGCCCAGGAUUCACCUGCUUUACCCUUUGACCCUUGUGCGAGGAUUCUGGGAUGAUGUAAUGAGCUCUGCCCAUAACUUCAUCUCCUCCUCCUGGACAUUCUACCUCCAGGCAGAUGAUGGAAAAGUUGUGGUAUUCCAGACUGAACCACAGAUCCAGUUCAUCCCACAGUUUGUGCUGCAGAAAGAGGAGAUGAAGGAUCACCCAGAGGGUUUAUACCCUAUUUAUAAAGACUACCAGAGGCCCUUCAUCCAGGAGCGUGAUAGGGAUAUAUCGAUGGACCGAGAUGAUUCUGAUGACUACAGUCUCUUCAGUUGCUUGUCAAGGAACCCCUGGUUGCCAGGAUGGAUCCUGACCACUACCCUUGUCCUCUCUGCCUUGGUGCUAAUCUGGAUUUGCUGUGCUACAGUGGCAACGGCCAUGGACCAGUAUGUACCUGUAGAGAAAUUAAGCAUAUAUGGAGACAUGGAGUACAUGAAAGACCAGAAGCUGAUUCCUUAUCCUCCAUCUUCGCUGGUAGUGAUCAGCUCAGCAGCUGAAGAGGAGGCUGGCCCACUGCCAUCAAAAGUCAACCUGGGCCAGUCCAAUAUUUAGACAUGAAUGAGUAGGAGAUGCGGGUGGUUAUAGUCUUACUCUUUGGUCUUAGAUUUCUAGAGUUUGAAGUGCAAAGAGUUGAGAGGUAUGAAGAAUUCAUCUUCCUCACUGCAAAGGUAAUUGCUUUCAGUACUUUUCAGACAUUUACCCCACCUUUUCUGUUAGACAGGUAUGCAAAGGGGAUGAUAAGGCUUUAUUUUGUACAGUACAUUUGCAGUCUUGUUGCACAACACUAUGGAAAUGAUCCCAGACUUUGUGUCCCUUUUCUAUGGUGUCUUUCUGGCCCAUUUAAUAUAUAGUGAAGUGCUGUUGUAGAUUAAUUAUGUGGAACCUUUUUCUAUAUUGGAAAAUUGAAAAACAGUUUUGGGUUUAUGUUUGCAGUGAUUAAACAAUUGUAUUGGGAUUUGACUAUGGAUUAAUGUAAUGUUUGUUCUAAUCCUGAUAAUGAGUGAUUACAUUGCUCCUGUUUUUCCCUUAUUUUACAAAUGGCCCAGUUUUAACUAUAUUAGAAACUUGAAAUAACGUGGGCACGUACGCUUUCCUGUUUAUUUUAG